GAGUCCCGCGGCAAUGGGCUCCGAGGCGGCCCGGCUGCUGGAGGCCGCCGACUUCGCAGCCCGGAAGCACAAGCAGCAGCGGCGGAAGGACCCCGAGGGGACCCCGUACAUCAACCACCCCAUCGGUGUGGCCAGGAUCCUGUCUCGGGAGGCUGGAGUAACGGACAUUGCGGUGCUGCAGGCUGCUCUGCUGCACGACACAGUGGAGGACACAGACACCACCUUCUCGGAGAUCGAGGAGCAGUUUGGGCGGGAGGUGAGGCGGAUUGUGGAGGAGGUGACGGAUGACAAGAUGUUGCCCAAGAUGGAGCGGAAGCGCCUGCAGAUAGAGCGUGCGCCCCACAGCAGCCGGGGAGCCAAGCUGGUCAAACUGGCAGACAAGCUGUACAACCUGCGGGACCUGAACCGCUGCACGCCAGCAGGCUGGUCUGAGCAGCGGGUCCAGGAGUACUUCCUGUGGGCCUCACAGGUGGUGAAGGGUCUGCGUGAGACAAGCCCUGCGCUGGAGGAGAAGUUGCAGCAGCUGUUCAGGGAGCGAGGGCUGCCGGAGUGACUGUGCGGGAUGCCUGCCAUGUGAUGUUAACUACUGACUCCCGAAGCAUGCCUUCCACAGGCCAGCUCCCUCAGACCAGCCAGCCAGUGAUAGCUGCAUGGACGCCUCUUACUAACCCACCUAUUCGGGCACUCCUGCCCCCUAGGCAAGGGAGGGUACAGAGAUGGGGGCCAGAUAAAGGGCAGCACAGAAUGGGACAGGGGAUUAAAGCCCAAGCAGUCACCGGCUACAGAAUACCCACACUCUCCUGGGGGGUGGGGGAGGCAGCACUGAUUUCCACUGCUUCUCUCCUUCUCCUCUGGCCUCCAGCACUGAACUUCCCUCUCCAGAGGGAGCAGGACAUACGCUCCUCCUAAAGACUCCCAUAAACCUUGCCCUGUGGCUCAGCUGAGGAGGAGAAGUGGGGGUUGACAGACCCUUCCCCUCAGCUUGUUUCCUGUCCCUAGUACAGGUGGGGUGGGGGCCCUAAGGCUCUGGGGAGGUCACACCCUAACUGGGGGUCAGGGUCUGGGCUCUGAGUGCAGCCUGCUCAGCUUGGGGACCGAACCCAGUAACUGUCUCUAAAUAAAAGCCCUGAGUGCCAUGAA